AUGGCCGCCCGCCGGUCACUGGCUCGUUCCAUCCCCGCUCUUCGGUCUGUUCCCCGCACGCCUGCGGUUGCUCGCGCUGCCUCGAGUAGCCGAGCCUUGACCGCUGCUACACCCGCCGCCAGACUGGCAUCUCGUGGAGCUGCUUCAUACCUCUCAAGCUUGUCUACCGUACGCAGGCUGCAUGCUACUGCCCAGCAGCUCGCUCCUUCUACUACCUCAGCUGCUACAACUGCAACGUCAUACCCGACAGACCACACCCCCAUUGCUGCCCCUAUCGACACCACAAACUUCCUUGAUAACGAGUUCACCACUUCCAAGGCGACUACAUGGAUUGAUCUCCAUGACCCUGCUACUAACAACCUUAUCACUCGCGUGCCGCAGAGCACCAAUGAGGAGCUGAAAGCCGCCGUUGCGUCCGCCGAGAAGGCCUUCCCCGCUUGGCGGGCGACCAGUAUAAUGGCCAGGCAGCAGAUUAUGUUUAAGUUCACCAGCUUGAUCCGUGAUAACUGGGACCGCCUGGCUGCUUCUAUCACCCUGGAGCAGGGCAAGACCUUUGCUGAUGCCAAGGGUGAUGUUCUCCGUGGUUUGCAGGUUGCCGAGACGGCCUGCGGUAUCACUACCCAGAUGACCGGCGAGGUUCUGGAGGUCGCCAAAGACAUGGAGACCCGUAGCUACCGCGAGCCCCUCGGUGUUGUCGCCGCUAUCUGCCCUUUUAACUUCCCUGCUAUGAUUCCACUGUGGUGUAUUCCCGUUGCCACUGUUACUGGCAACUGCUUGGUCAUGAAGCCUUCCGAGCGUGACCCCGGUGCUGCGAUGAUCCUUGCUGAGUUAGCCAGGGAGGCCGGCUUCCCUCCUGGUGUCAUUAACAUUGUGCAUGGAACUGCCCCCACUGUGGACUUCAUCCUCGAUGAGCCUGCAAUCAAGGCCAUCAGCUUCGUCGGUAGCAAUCGUGCUGGAGAGUACAUCUACACUCGUGGUUCUGCCAAUGGCAAGCGUGUCCAGGCCAACCUCGGCGCUAAGAACCACGCUGCCGUCUUACCUGACUGCAACAAGAACCAGGCUCUGAACGCCAUUACUGGUGCUGCCUUCGGUGCUGCUGGCCAGCGCUGCAUGGCCCUCAGCACUGUCGUAAUGGUUGGCGAGACCAAGGAGUGGUUGCCAGAAAUCGCCGAACGCGCUAAGGCUCUUAACGUGAACGGUGGCUUCGAGGAGGGUGCCGACCUUGGUCCUGUUAUUAGCCCCGAGAGCAAGAAGCGUAUUGAGGAUCUGAUUGCUAGCGCUGAGGCAGAGGGUGCCACUAUUCUAUUGGAUGGCCGAGGCUGCAAGCCCGAGAAGUACCCCAACGGUAAUUUCAUCGGCCCUACCAUCAUCACCAAUGUCACACCCGACAUGAAGUGCUACAAAGAAGAGAUCUUCGGCCCUGUCCUUGUCUGUCUGAACGUCGAGACCCUUGACGAUGCUAUCAACACCAUCAAUGCCAACGAGUACGGUAACGGUGCCGCCAUUUUCACUAAAUCUGGCUCCACCGCCUCUCGCUUUCAGAAGGACAUCGAGGCUGGUCAGUUGGGCAUUAACGUCCCCAUCCCUGUGCCAUUGCCCAUGUUCUCUUUCACCGGUAACAAGAAGAGUAUCGCUGGUGGCGGUGCUAACACCUUCUACGGCAAGCCGGGCUUGCAGUUCUACACUCAGCAGAAGACUGUCACCAGCUUGUGGAGGAGCGAGGAUGCCGUUAGCACCAAGGCUACCGUUGUCAUGCCCACUCACUCUUAA